AAAGAGACAGCCACUCCGAACCAGAUUGUUGAUCCUUGGCAACGAGGGUGCAACGAGUGCACAACAUAUACGAAAGAUUCAAUCGAAUAGCAGCGGAGUAGGGUAGGAACACAAAGCUAUAUUCGGUGUUCGUAGGGGAGAUACAAGUCUUGCUUGGCGAAGAAGCUGAUACUUUCUUGCACUGGUUCCGACGUGGAAAAAAUGCACGUCACAUGUGGCAUCAUCUUGAAAAUUUACAGGCAGCGACGAGUUUUUUGGACGUACGAAGCCGCUGCAUCUCCCAGUAGAUACAGUCUACUUGCAAAGAAUGUCACAUGUCGCCUUUAGAUGGAACCAGCAGGACAAAGGUGCGCACAAAAUUGUAAGCGCAAGGUGUACUCGACUAGUACAUUUUCGCUACACAACGGCACAUAGCCCAGAUAUUAUGGUGGGCGCGGAUCCGCUGCUGCGUCCCACAGGUCUGCAGCACGAAGUGUGGAAAGUGAAUGGGAGCGGGCGUUCGGUCGGCGAAAGGUGGGACGCCUGCUGGAAGACUCUCAACCGGGAGCCCUUGGUCAGGAUGUUCAAGGAGAAGUCGUCUUCAAUUUGCAAGCAUCGCUACGACAAGAUCGUUGACGACCAGAGCAAGAGCGAUGGUAAAGCCCUGCGGGACUCCGGAGCCGGCACUGCUGAGAGUGGCUCGGAGGACGACGUAGAGAAGAAUACCAAGGUCCAGCUGGUGAGGGGUCCAGAGCCAGUAAGCUAUNUCUUGUCCUCUACAGGUCUGCAGAACGAAGUGAUGUUCAAGGAGAAGUCGUCUUCAAUUUGCAAGCAUCGCUACGACAAGAUCGUUGACGACCAGAGCAAGAGCGAUGGUAAAGCCCUGCGGGACUCCGGAGCCGGCACUGCUGAGAGUGGCUCGGAGGACGACGUAGAGAAGAAUACCAAGGUCCAGCUGGUGAGGGGACAAAGUUCUGACCGCGAUAGUGGACGCGAAGGCUGCCGCGAGGCAGGACUCGGAGGAGACCAAGUAGAAGAAAGCCGAAGAGGCGGCCUCGCACUCCGCGAUGGGGAUGUGGGCCAUCAACCAGGGCAACGCCCGAUGCGGGCCGGGCGCGAAGGCUACAUCAUUCCAAGAAGCUGUUGCCGCCGACAACAUCGCGUUGGGUUCCCGCUCCGGUGCAGUGGACGGUGGCCGUGCCAGCGGUCGGGUGAGUCCGGCCAGCAGCAUCGGGGGGGCGAGGCCCGCGUCGGAGGCUUCGGCGGGUGGCGCUGCCAGCGGUCGAUCGAGCCCGACCAUGAUACGGGCGGGCUAGACGACGACUUAUCGCCCGCGGGGAGCGGGCCAUCGAGGAAGGUUCCACCGCUUGGCGACUUGGUGAAGCACAUGGGGUCGCUGACCAUUCCGAUGCUUGCGGAAAGUGCCGGGGUCACCACGGAGGAGGCGGACUACUUCCUCAACACGGGCUUCACGCCCGACGAAGUUCAGCCGGAAAGGGCCGUAGCCAUGAUGACGGUACUACUCGACAAAAGGCUUAGUCACCAGCGCGACGGAGACAACGUCCAGGACUACAUGGAUGAUCUUGGUGAAGAGGAUAUGCAGCUGCCCGGGUUUGAUAGGUUUGACGAGUCGGUCAUGUUUAAACUGCUCGAGCUCUACGGCGUGGAAAAAAUGGACUUCCACAGCCUGCCGGAUGCGAAUUGGUUUCACGGCGGAUGGCCGAUAGAUCGUGUUACGCCGGACAAGGUGCUUCAGGUUACGAAGCGGGUGGCUUCGUUGUUGGUGCUCGGCGCCGGCGUGACGAACUCCUGGCUGUCCGCCGCCGGUCAGACAUCCAGGCCCGGUUCUGCAAGAGUGGNACGGGCCAUGUCAGGCAUGGACCCUUCAGGGGCGGCGAGUGGGCCUUCGGGAAACCGUGGAAGGAAGCCCCGUGCCAAGACCAAUAAGCUCGCCGAGGAUGGGCUAGAUAGCUUCAUGGAGCGACAGGUGGCUGACGCUCGGUCACUCGCCGAUCAGAGACGUGAAGAGGACGAGAGGAGGCGGGCGGCGGAAGCUAAACGAGAAGUAGGGAGGAGGCAGGAGCUCCUGGACAUGAUGGCCCACAAGAGGCCAAUGCGGGAAGAUGAAAGGAAACACGACAGACAAGAGCGUGAAGUGGA